GUCUUCUGAUUGGCUGAGGCCAGCGGGUGGGCUGUAAGUGAGGUUCACUGGAACUAUGAGUUUACAAAAGACAUCCAAUCAGCCAAGAGAGCCAGAGACGGAGACAGAGAGAGAGAGUGAGAAAAGGGAAGCCCGAACCUCCAGUUGCAGUUGUCCGUCUGUCUGAGAAAGGAAAAAAAGAACUGCCGUGCACAGUGUUUGUUUGUAGGUCAUGUUGCCCCAGUGUGAGAGAGCACGGAGUUUAAGUGGACGUCCAGAAGGGCCGUAUCGGGCGGUAGAAAGAGCAGAUGCUCUCGUUACACAGGACUUUGAGGGCGUGGACACGCUGGACAAACUUUUUGUACAUGCUGUGAAGAGAUUCAGUCAGGCAUCCUGUCUGGGCACCAGAGAGGUCCUUAGUGAAGAAGAAGAUAAACAACCCAAUGGGAAGAUCUUUAAGAAGUUGGUCCUGGGGGACUACAGCUGGAUGACCUAUGAAGAGGUCAGCCAAGCAGUGGAAUCUUUUGGUAGUGGUCUGGCAGCUUUGGGCCAGCAACCACAUAAUACCAUUGCCAUCUUUUGUGAAACACGGGCAGAAUGGAUGAUUACAGCACAGGCCUGUUUCAGACGCAACUUCCCAUUGGUAACGAUGUAUGCAACUCUGGGUGAAGAUGCUGUAGCUUAUGGGCUGAAUCAGUGUGGAGCCACUCAUCUCAUCACCAGCACAGAACUGCUGCGGACCAAGCUGAAGAACGUUUUGAGUGCAGUCUCGGGGUUGCAGCAUGUUAUCUAUGCAGGCAGUGAUGAAGUAUGUCAUGCUGAUUACCCACAGUCUCUUGCCAUGCACAGCAUGCAGGAAGUAAUGGAGCUCGGGACAAAGCCAGAGAACUUAAGCAAAGAGUAUGAGAGGCCGACUGCAUCUGAUCUGGCAGUGGUGAUGUAUACCAGUGGGUCUACAGGGAAGCCUAAAGGAGUGAAGAUGCAACACAAUAAUCUGAUUGCAGGAAUGGCUGGUCAGUGUGAGCGGAUCCCAGGCCUAGGGUCCCAGGACACAUAUAUAGCUUAUCUCCCACUGGCUCAUGUGCUGGAACUGACAGCAGAAAUAUCCUGUGUGUCAUAUGGCUGCAGGCUCGGAUACUCCUCACCACACACACUCACGGACCAGUCCAGUAAAAUAAAAAGCGGUGGUAAGGGAGAUUGCUCUGUGCUUAAACCUACCCUGAUAGCGGCAGUACCGGAGAUCAUGGAUCGUAUCUGUAAGAAUGUUAAUGGGAAGUUAAGAGAGAUGUCAGUCAUUCAGAGGACUCUGUUUAAAGUGGGAUACAACUAUAAGCUGCAGAAGGUGUCACAAGGAGCUGAUUCUCCGGUGUGCAACAUGUUGUUUUUCAAGCGUGUGAAUUUGCUGCUGGGAGGGUGUGUACGUCUAAUGUUGAGUGGAGGUGCUCCACUGUCUGCUUCCACACAGAGAUUUAUGAACGUGUGUUUCUGCCCCGUCGCUGUGGGUUACGGCCUUACAGAGACGUGUGGAGCGGGAACUAUCUCAGAAUUUUCUGAUUACAGUACAGGACGCGUUGGAGCACCUCUCAUUUGCUCUGAAAUAAAACUGCGAGACUGGCCUGAGGGUGGAUACACCAGUCAGGACAAGCCACACCCACGAGGGGAGAUUUUGAUUGGUGGACCGAAUGUUGCCAUGGGAUACUAUGAGAGUGAGGGGGAGGGAGAAAAUGACAACUUUUGGGUGGACGAGGCGGGGCAGCGCUGGUUUUGUACCGGAGAUGUCGGAGAAGUUCAUCCAGACGGUUGUUUGCAGAUUGUGGAUCGUAAGAAGGACCUGGUAAAGCUGCAGGCAGGUGAAUAUGUGUCUUUGGGGAAGGUAGAAGCUGCCCUGAAAAACAGCCCACUCAUUGAUAACAUCUGCGUCUAUGCCAGCAGUGAUCAGAACUACUUGAUCAGCUUUGUGGUGCCCAAUCAGAAGCAACUGACUGAGUUGGCAAAAAAGAACGGGGUAGAGGAAGAGUGGGAGGAGCUUUGUAACCAUACCAAGAUGGAGGAGGAAGUGCUAAAAGUCAUCAAAGAGAUUGCAGUCACAAGUAAAAUGGAAAGGUUUGAGGUUCCACAGAAGAUCCGUUUAAGUUCUGAGGCUUGGACUCCAGAAACAGGGCUGGUGACGGAUGCCUUCAAACUAAAGAGGAAAGAGCUGAAAAAUCAUUAUAUAAAGGACAUUGAGAGGUUAUAUGGGGCUCAAUGAUGUACAUGCAACACUCAUUUAGGCUGA